UAAAGCGUUUACUAGGCCUUCACCCCGGCACUGGGAUAGAGGGGUGCGGCAACAACUUCAUAUUUGAUGGAAAUAUAAUUGUGCAAAAUUCGAGGUCUUUAAGGACAAACUAAAUUCAAUAAUUUUUCCAUGUUAGGCCCAAAGCGUGUUAAAUACUUCGCGGUUGUGUAAUCGCUCAAAUUUUUCUAACACAGUAGGCUGGUUUCUAGCUAGAAGUCUUCCUCAAAAUCGAAGGACAUUUAUGCUACUAGGUGUGCUCGUGUUUAUGUGUGUGCGUGUGUCUCCUGGCAUAUUACGAAAUCGUCAGGAUAAAAAGUUAACGUGAGGUAGUUACGCAAGGAGCGCAAGGUGAAAGAAGUAGUGGCGCCAAAAGGGUCAACUUUUGCAGUGCUCAGUUCUAACCUAGCAUCGAACCAAACGACCACGAACGAUGAUGUCCUCGCUGCAGUCCAUGUUUCUCGUUAGUUUAUUGGUGAUUGCGGUGUUCAUCAACAAGGGUGAUGCUGUCCGUUGCUACGAGUGCAAUAGUGCGGAGGAUUCGACCUGCUCGCACGACAACCCACCGGACACGAUGUCGGUCGACUGUAACGAUCACAAGGACGGCAACAGGUACACCUUCUGCCGGAAGAUCGUCCAGAUCAUCGAGUUCCCGGUGAACAACCUGCCACCGGACAACCGAGUGAUUCGUGGCUGUGGCUGGGAUGAGUCGUCCUACAAGGGCAAAUGUUACCAGCGCUCCGGAUUCGGUGGACGUCAGGAGGUGUGCGCUUGCUACGAUGACAAUUGCAACGGUGCGUCCUCACUGUCCGUCACGUUCGGUGUCCUGUUGUUCGGUGCAAUCGCUUUCCUGAUUCGUGCUUAAUCCAAUCAACGGUUCCAUCCGGCACAUAUCCACCGACGCUAGUGGAGAUUCUAGUUUGUUUAUCUAAUUUGCCUCCCGGUGACUUCGGCGCGACACCAAACGUUCAAGGGGAGGUUCGCUAUUUCUAUCGCGAUUGGCAAAGUCAACCGAUGGAAAUGGACGCGUCGAUUGUUCAUUCCUUUGCACCAGGAGUGUACGUUAUACGGUUACGUUAGUUUUAAGUUGAGAUGUUAUUCCUUCUAUGACAUUCCAAUGUUUCUUCACUCUCUCUUUCCACCACGGAACGAGCGAUGGAUGAAAGUGUAUCAAACGUCCUUAUAGUAUAUUGCAAUAUACUUCUUCGAUUGGAGCUUUUCACAGAACCAUUGUAUUGCAUUUGCUUUCUGUUUCGUUAGACACCUCGAUCGAGUUGUACCGUGCUGCACGAUCAAGUACAUUUUUGAUAAAACCUAAACCGAGAAAAAAAGGGGUACGAUUUUGUAAAGAAAACAUUUCUACGUUACGCUAUUUUAAGAGGUAGAAAAACAAAAUACUAAGUUAGCAGCUUCGAACAGGCUGUUAAAGAUGAAGGGCAACAAAAAAAAAGUAUGUGCAGAACGUGAUGAUUGCCGUGUUCAAUAAAUCAGAAUUAGAUUAGUGACUACUUCGUUACGACAACUCCUCCCCUGCUCCCGGACAAGCUUACACGAAACAUGCACCUGUGUUUCACGUUUAAAACCAUUAAAGAUCAGAUUAAAGUAAAUUAAAAACAAACAAACCGAUACAUUAACGUAAAGCAGUAGAAAAAGCAGACGCGCCGCGUGUCCUUAGGGCUUAGGGAAUCGAUAUAGCAGUAAAUGGAGACACCGAAAAAAAAAAUAAAACUAAGCUGCCAGCAUCGCUUCGUCGCCACGGCUCACGGCUUGCGUGUAGUAGGGAUCGGCUUUGGGUUUCGUUCGGGGUGGACCACCACCGGUUAUCUUCAGUAAACGAGAAGGUAGAUUGAAUCCAUCUAUUCAUUCUACUCGUCCAACGACAACUUCACGUGACUACGAUUGCUACAGUUUUGGGGAUGCGUUACAGCGUCAUUUUAACUUACCAAUAAUACAAUCGCACGGAACGGAGGUGACGACGUGUCUCGUCGAUGCGCAUAAAUUAACUGCAGAACGGUCGAAGUAAAUGAAGUUCAAUAAAAUAGAAGAAAAACAGAA